GGUAGUGCGAGCGGCACCGCGGAGGAGAAAGACAACGACAAGCGGACUAAACACACAAUGGCGACGGCAACGGCAGGCGGGACGGGCUCCGGCGGACCGGCCACCGGCCCGGUCGGCGGCGGAGGGGCGGCGCUGGGACGGAAGAAGGACGGCGGCCCGUCCACGAAGUUCUGGGAGAGCUCGGAGACGAUAUCGCAGAUGGAGACGGUGCGGCAGUGGAUCGGGAAACACUACAAGAAGUAUGUCCAGAACGACUCCCCCUCCAGUAAAUCCUUGGCGGGCCUGGUCGUCCAGCUGCUGCAGUUCCAGGAGGACGCGUUUGGACGCAGAGUCAACAAUCCUGCUCUUACCAAGCUACCUGCAAAAUGUUUCCAGGAUUUCAAGGCAGGAGGGGCCCUCUGUCACAUCUUGGGAUCUGUCUACAAGUUCAAGAGUGAGCAGGGCUGGCGUCGAUUUGAUCUGCAGAAUCCUUCCCGGAUGGACAGGAACGUGGAAAUGUUCUUGAAUGUUGAGAAGAACUUGGUUCAGAACAACUGCCUGACUCGACCCACUGUCUUCCUGUCGCCGGACAUCGAGCAGAAACAGGCCAGUAAGCUCAAAGACAUCGUCAAGAGGCACCAGGGCUCGAUUACUGAUGACAAGUCGAAGGCCACCCACCACAUUUAUCCCUCAGCAUCCCAACAAGACGAAGAGGAGUGGCUUCGACCUGUUAUGAGGAAAGACAAGCAGGUGCUGGUGCACUGGGGUCUCUACCCAGACAGCUAUGACACCUGGGUAUCAGCCGGCGAGGUGGACGGUGACGUGGAGGAUCCUCCGAGCUCCGACAGACCCUGGAAGGUUCACGCCAAGUGGGUUUUAGAGACAGACGCCUUCAACGAGUGGAUGAACGAGGAAGACUACGAGGUCGACGAGAACAAGAAACCAGUCAGCUUCCGCCAGAGGAUCUUCCCCAAAGAGGAGGAGUCUUCCCGUACACCCGAUCGAAAGGAGCGCAAAGCCAACUCCGCCGGCAAGAAGAGGAGGCGCUCGCCCUCGCCGCCCAGCACUCCUGUUGAGUCUCGCAAGAAAGGAGGAAAGAAGGGGAAUACCGGGCCUCACUGGAAGCGACGAGUCCACAGAGGCGAAGAGGAAGACACGGAGGAGGACACGACCAAGGACCUCGACGACUCGUCGGCUGGUGCCAGCCUGGAGGAGGGCAGUGUUUCCAAAAAUGCAAGUUCAAAGAAAGACAGCGAAAGCACUCCGGUGAAAGGAGGGAAUGUGGCCGACUUGGAUGACAUGGAGGACGACUCUGUGCUGUCUGGUGGAAAGGAUGACGAGGACCAGGGCAAAGCUGAAAUCAACCGGCUGAUCGAUGCGGGCGAGGACAACGUGACUGAACAGACUCAUCACAUCAUCAUCCCCAGCUACGCUGCCUGGUUCGACUACAACUGCAUCCACGAGAUUGAGAGAAGAGCCCUCCCCGAGUUCUUCAACGGAAAGAACAAGUCCAAAACUCCAGAGAUAUUCCUGGCGUAUCGUAACUUCAUGAUCGACACGUACCGGCUGAACCCUCAGGAGUAUCUCACCUCCACUUCCUGCCGCAGGAACCUGACCGGAGAUGUGUGCGCCAUCAUGAGGGUCCAUGCGUUCCUGGAGCAGUGGGGUUUGGUCAAUUACCAGGUCGACUCAGAUAGUCGCCCUCUGCCCAUGGGCCCCCCACCCACACCCCACUUCACUGUGCUGGCAGACACACCCUCCGGCCUCAUACCCCUGAACCACAGACCCCCACCGAUUCCUCCUCAACAGCCGAUGCCCAACUUCAUCGACAAAGGCAAAGAGAAAUCCAUCGACCUGCAGAACUUUGGCCUUCGCAGCGACCUCUACAAGAAAAGUGCCAAGGCUAAAGCAGUCACUUCCACCAGGGACUGGACCGAGCAGGAGACUCUUCUGCUGCUGGAGGCUCUGGAGAUGUUCAAAGACGACUGGAACAAAGUGUCGGAGCACAUAGGUUCUCGCACCCAGGACGAGUGUAUCCUGCACUUCCUGCGGCUGCCCAUCGAGGAUCCUUACCUGGAGAGCACAGAGUCCACUCUGGGCCCUCUGGCCUACCAGCCGAUCCCCUUCAGCCAGUCUGGAAACCCCGUCAUGAGCACUGUCGCCUUCCUGGCCUCUGUGGUCGACCCCAGAGUCGCAUCUGCUGCGGCAAAGGCAGCUCUAGAGGAGUUUUCCCGUGUGCGUGAGGAGGUGCCUGCUGAGCUGGUGGAGGCUCACGUGAAGAAGGUGCAGGAGGCGGCCAGGAGCACAGGAAAGGUGGACCCCGCCUUCGGCCUGGAGAGCAGUGGCAUCGCUGGCACGGCCCCCGAGGAGCCAGAAAAGACCGAAACCGCAGAGCCAGAAAAGAUGGACACGGACUCAGACUCCCAACAGGCUGAUAAGGCGGAGUCGAAGGAAGAGGCAGAGAAGCCCAGUGAGUCUGCAGAAAAGAGCGACAAGACGGACGCUGCCGACAAGGUGAAGAAGGAGGGAGCAGAGUCGUCGGACCACGAGGAGGAGGCAGAGGAAGCAGGAGAGGCCAAGACGUCUCCAGCAGAAAAAGAAAAGGAGGAGACCAUGGAGACAUCGCCCUCAGAGCAGGAGAAGGAGAAGGAGGAGAAGGCAGCUGAAGACGAGGGAGAGGAGAAGAGGAAGAAGCUGGAGCACGACAUCGGAGAGGGAAACAUCGCCACGGCGGCCGCAGCUGCUCUGGCAUCUGCUGCCACCAAGGCCAAGCACCUGGCGGCGGUGGAGGAGAGGAAGAUCAAGUCCCUGGUUGCUCUGCUGGUUGAGACGCAGAUGAAGAAGCUGGAGAUUAAGCUAAGGCACUUCGAGGAGCUCGAGACCAUCAUGGACCGAGAGAAAGAAGCGUUGGAGCUCCAGCGGCAGCAGCUGCUCACCGAGCGUCAGGCGUUCCACAUGGAGCAGCUCAAAUACGCCGAGAUGAAGGCGAGGCAGCAGAUGGAGCAACAAGCCGCCGCCGCCGCCGCUGCUGCUGCAGCUGCCCAGGCCCAGGGACAGACCCCCGGAUCCGGGCCCUCUCAGCCAGGCAUGCAUCCCGGAGGACCCCCACCUCACCACGGAGGACCCCCACCACACCACGGAGGGCCACCGCACCCUGGAUACCCCCCAAUGGGUCACCACCCCAUGGCAACCCUCCACCAAGGACCGACAGGACCGAUGGGACCAAACCAGCCGAUACCUGGACGUAUGAUGCCGGGGCCACCCUCCGCAGGGGCCCCGUCUGGCGGCAUGGCUCCCAUGAUGCCCCCACGCCACUCUGGAGCUCCCAACGGCUUGUACCCUGGCCCAGCACCCGCACAACCUGAACCGGUUCCUGCAGUUGCUGUGGGUCCUUCAGCCCCCCCGAGUGCACGAGUGGCUGACAACUAAGAACUAAACACACACACACACACAAACAAAAGCACACAGACACACACCAACACACAAAACUAACUUUAUCUCUGAAACCCAGUCCCGCAUUUGAUGGCCUUCGCAACCGAUUCAAUAUAUUCCCCUCAGAUCCCCAAAACUCCAUUAACGUCUUCACAAGACACACAUAGACACACACACAGACACUCAGGGUUCAGUGGCAAGGGUAACCCAAUUAUACACACACACACAUCAAGGCUUCCUCUCAGGGCACAAGACUUGUCCAGUAAUAAACACUGUUUUCUGCUCUGUUGGGUCAGAUGGAGGCUGGAGAGAAUAUGUACAGGACAGAUAAGAACCUCAGUGUGUCUCAAAGUUUGAAAGUUUGAAUUGACACUGUGACCCCAUCCUGUCUCUUCACCACACGCACACACACCCCCUCUCUGCUCGUCUUUAAGCCAAUCACUAGGGGGAGCUAGUGGGACCAGACAGCAGGGGUUUGUGUGUUCGUGCUGUUACACACACACACACAGACCAUUCAGACCAGAAUAAAACACAAACAGAAGAGGACCCAUCCUGCCCUCACUCUAGUCUUGUCGAGUAUCUACCUCUCGCUCCUCUUUUUAAACAAUACACUGUAGUUCUUUGUGUGUCUGUGGAUGUGUGUGUGCUCAGGAUAGAGGAGUGUGAGAUGAAGAGAUAGAGAAAUAGAACUAUGAUCGUCUACAGGCAAACAAGUUUCAAUUUGACAUAUUAAAGCACAUCGAAGACAAUUCUGUGUUUUACCCACAAAAUGUUAUUUGUCUCCGCCCCUUGACCUAAACUAAGAUGAUUAAAUAAUUGAUCUUAUCUACAAACUCCAUGAAAAGCCCAAAGCCAUAGAUGUACUGUGAUCGUCUUUCAGGACGUCUCCACCUUGUCUCAGGCUCCCAAGCUGCAACUGUCGAGGGAAGAAAAAAAAACCUCACAAUUAAUUUCAAUUUCCUAAAACGUAUAUUCUGAAUUAAGCUGAAUGUGUAAUAAUAAAACAUUAAAUAUCCCAAAACUUUCCUUUUGAGCAUUAACACAACCGUCUCAGAUCUGAAUGACAUGAGCCUGUUAACACACAUGUACACAAACACACACGGAAACGUAAGCUAGGCUGAGGCUCACACUGGAGGCUGCGUCCACACACAACGACUUGACCAGACCCUGCCACAAAGCACUGGACAACCACACACAUACAGACACACACACACACACACAGAGACACAUACAUAUAAUCUCCUGCUGACCUUCACACGGCCUUUACAGAGAGGGAGACGCUGUGAUGCGGCUCGACUGAAACACCCGAGCGUGAGCGGCGCUCCUCCUCGGCGCGGUGGCUCGUAGAUGUUUUUAGGUGCUGAUACUGUAGCGACUGAACCCCCCCCCACCCCACCUCCUCCCUCCUCCUCCGCUCACAGAUCUCUUAACGCCUCCUGCUGCCUACCUCGCUAACCCCUCGCACUGACUUCUCUGCUUCUUAGCCACUAGCCACGGUAAAUAAAUUAAAUUAGCAAAAUAUCCUCACUCCUGCUUAUCGACCGGUUUGGGCGGCGAAUGAGACGGGAUCCCGGUUUCACAGUUUAGUCCUGUGACCUGUUGCAGAUAUUAAAAAAAAGGAAAAUGAACCCGGGGAGCAACUAACGAAUGUUUUAUUACCCGGCUGAAAUGUGUGAGAUGUUAAUUUCAUGUCAACAUCCAUGUUUACAGCUGAUCUGAAACUUUAACACGUGUCCCCGUGUGACUCAGCAGCUGUCGUCGAACUGUCGGUUGUCAAAUGUUCCUGUUCGGAGAAUUUUAAAAGAACUCUCUGGUUCAUAUUUUUCUGAAUAAACACGUGACCCUGGAUUCAUCAGUCAGUCUCACCACAGGUUCCAUCGGCCACUCUUUGUUGUGGAAGUUCAACUUUCCAUUUUCCUGUGGACUAUUAGAACUUGUAGUCGUUCAAAUCUUGUCGUCUGCUCAGAAUCAUCGACUGAGUUUCAGUCAGACGCUCCAGGAUCGUGUUUGCAAGAUAUAAUUGGAGUUACUGUUUUCCGCCCAUCGCGGAUAUUAAACACUUUUUAUUUAUUUGGUUAGGUUUGCUUGAACGUGUGACUUCAUAUAUUUACCUCGAAUGUAAGUCCCAGUUCCAAAAAUCCUGUUUAUUUCAAAUAGAGGUCAAACUGUUUCGGAAUUAAAAGUUAAGCAUCUGAAACUCUCUCCCUCAUUUCGUGUGUGAUUUAAAAAUAUAACUUGUUGGUCGUCUCGUACGAUCCACGUUAAUAACUGCGAAUGACUUUGUUUUUUUAAUGUGAAAUCUUAAACCACUCCCGCCCUCCUCUUCCUCCUCCUCUUCCUCUCGCUAGCACUGUUAGUAUCUCUGCUACCUCUUCGUCGUUCAUCCGCUAGCUACCUCUUCUAGAAAUCUUCCUCUUGCUAUGUGCUACCUCUUGCGCGCCCCCCCCCCCCCCCCCCCUCUACCUCUCGUCCCUUUUCUUUCCCCCUCUUUUCUGUUUCCCGCCCACAUGACUGCUGCAUCACUGACUGUUGCCCUCUUCUCCCGCUCCGUCGGUGUGGGGGGGGACUAAGAAUCCCUCGUACGGUCGUUGACUCUCGCCCCGCGUUAGCCCCGCCCCCUCCUCUCUCAUUGGACAUCGUACCCCGGCUUGUUCUGUAAUAUCACUUAAGUAUGACGGGAAACCCCUUUACAUAUAUGAUCUUUAAUCGAUUCUUUCCUGUGUUAAUGGUAAUGUAUUUUUAAGGAGAAGUUUUUGUGUAGAUGGAAGUUUUUCUCUGUUCUUUGGAAGUUUGUAGCAUUUGUUUGCUUAUUUUUUUUUCCUUUUUUUGUAUGGGGUCCGUUGGUACUUGGACCUGGACACUGAAUAAACUGUGUUUUGUAUGAGC